UCCCUUUGGAAAAAAAAAGGAAAAGUCACACAAACGACGGCGAGAAAAAGAACGAGGGAAAAGUGGAGUGGGAAGGAAAACCAAGAAAACCAGAUGAGAAGUUGGAUACUGAGGAGAGAGUCAACAAAUUAUCAAAAAAUAUUGUUUGAAUCAUGCCGCUCCACAAGACAGCCCGGGCCUCCCGCCUGGACCCAACCAUGAUCUCGGCCCCACUGGGUGAUUUUCGGCACACCAUGCACAUUGGGAGGGGAGGGGACGCCUUCGGUGACACAUCCUUCCUGUCAACUCUUGGCCCGGGCCCAGCCAGCGCUGACCAGGGGAAUCCAGGGACCCUGCCCGACACUGACCAACACAUACCAGUAAGCCACGGCAGUGUUACAACUGAUGGUUCAGAAAGCGAAGUGAGCAAUGAGCUACAGCACUCUGAGUCCGUCUCUUCUUUCACCCUGGACUUAGACCUGGAUCUAGGCCCAUCAAUGCUGGGAGAUGUUUUGGGAGUGAUGGACGGACUGGGACUUGACACCAAUGAGGACAACGUGCUCACUCCCAGCAGCUGCGAAUCAAAGCAGGCAAGAGGGAUGAUGGAGACAUCUGUGAAUAUGGAGAAUGAGUUAAAUGGGAUAAACUUAGCUGGGUUGGAGCAAAGCCAAAUGGAAGACAGCAAGAUGCCAGAGGGGAAUGGGAACAAGACAAAGGGGUUGAGACCAAAGGUGAGAUUCAGUGACAAACGAGAGGAGAUCAUUCGACAGGCAUCUGAAGAGGAGGAAGGUCAAGUAUUUGACUUCCAGGAUAAGGAUCAGCUGGGGUGUUGUAGUCCAGUAAUGGAUGACAAUGAGAAGGGAGGUCACAUCGAGCUCACCAAUCACAAAGUAGAUAUGCCACCUAGUCCUGCAUCAUCACAUAGCUCAGAGUAUGAAGGAGUCACCCCAACGGACAGGAGGGUCGAAAGCUGUCACUCAGAGACUGAUUCAGAGGAGGAGGAAGCAGGAAGGGGUUACACAUUUGAAGACGAGUUUGAUGAUGAAAUUGGUCUAUAGGAGAUAAGCAGAUUAUUUUCUCCUUAAAAGUACAACUUUACUGUGUAGUAUCACAUGAAAGGGAAAUUUAAGCAAAAUAUUUCCAAACAUGCUGGAUGUUUCAGGACUGAAAGUCACAGAAUUUGGAAAAGACAAAACUGAUUAUUUGAUCAGUAAAUCUUUGUUUAGGUCAUUGCUGUUUUAAGUUUGUUGCACUUUGAUUAAUCUCAUUUAUCUGGAAAAUUUCUUAUCAAACUGAUUCUCAGUGGAAUUUUUUUUUUAUUCAAGCUAAAUUAAUUAUUUUCCAUGUCAUAUGCUUCUCAGAUACAAAUGUGUUUACUGAUUUUUUUUCUUUGGUUAAUUGUGCUUUUAAGGGAGAUGAAUGCAAACAUUAUUGUAGCAUGUACAAUAUCAGUGUCAUAUUACUUUAUUCCCUUUGCAUGUUUAUUCAAAUAUUUAUGCCAUCUCCUCAUGCAUAAUGCAAUUUUACAAGCUUUGUGAAAUUAAGACAUGUUUAGGAAAUUAAGUUUUGUCUUAUGAACUACUGUGAACUUAUCACAUAUCUGAUGUACAAUGUGAGCUUGCACAGAGCAGACCAAAACAAAUCUGUUUGAAGCCCAUUUUAAGAGUGCAGUUAUUUAGCAUGUUUUCAUCGUUGCCAAA